AAGAUGGCGAUGGGAACAAUCCAGAGGCUGUGUUAGCUGAUGCAAGGAUAUAUCUGACAAACUCGUAGUUGAGGUAGUAGGGUGUUGUUUUAAGAGUUAGAAGCCAUGGACCCAAGAGAUCUCUUUCGCGGAAUAUUUGGAUUUAACAGACAUCGAUUUGAUGGGUCAGAGCGCAACAGAAAUGACAGAUUCUUCGAUGACGAUGGUGAUGAAUUUGGUGAAUAUGAUGAUGGUAGCGACACUGACCACAUGUUCCAUCACUUCCAUGACGAAAUGCAGAAGCAGAUGGACAGCCUCCAUCAGCAGAUGGAGGAAAUGUUCAAACAGUUUGGAGCAGUCGACUUUCCUUCAGUGGUGCCAGGUGAGCCCAGUGUCCCAGCUGUGACAGAGAAGCCACGAGAUAAGAUGCUGAAGCCAGACCAGUCAGAGAGAAGCCCAGUUAGUCCAUCUCCUGAAGGCCGACCGAGGCAGGAUGUUCCAUCUCUGUUUGGGAGAUUUUUCACCAUCCCCCGAUUUGGUCAAAUACAGCAAGAGGAAAAAGUGGACAGAGAUCUGGACAGUGAGGUAGAAGGCAAGGACCUGUCCAAAAUCCUAAAACCCAUGCAACCAGAAAGAAGAGAGAUGUUUCCCCACGGCCCUGGAAUGUUCUCCCACCAUGGUAGUGUUUCCAUAACAACCAUAAGAGGAGCUGAUGGGAAACUUGAACAAAGGAAGACUGUGAUAGACUCUGAUGGGAAUGAAGAAACAACUGUCACUCGGCAACUUGGGGACAAGUCUCACACGAUGCAGACCAAGAAGGAUGAAUUUGGUGUUGUUGAAGAGAACCAGACCAUGAAAAAUAUGGAUGAUGAUGAUCUGAAAUCGUUUGAUACACAGUGGAAGAAGAAAGGGAGACAACCGACAGAUUCAAGGGAUUCCAUGAUCAUUCCAAAGAGUGACUACAAUGAAACCGGAUCUAUUUUCAGGAACCUGUUUGGAUUUGACUGGAGUGGAAAAGAAAAAUGAUUUUUAGACUGGUUUAGAAGCAAGAAGAUUAAAAGAUUAUGCGUUGGCCGUUUGUCAUUAAUGUGCAUGGAAUAAGAUUUUUAGUUAACUCAACAAAAGAGAAAGAGGAACUGUUGGCCUGAAAUAUGUAAAAGUUCGGGGACGGGGAUGAUAUAACGUUUCAUAGUUCCUCAACAUUACUCAGGGAAUGAAAUGGUGAUACAGAAUUUGAGACACUACAUGGAUUUGCAAAAGUGUACAGAGAUCGAUGUUAAAAAAGUCACAAACAGAAAACACAGGCAGACGGACACAGUAUCAAGAUAUCGAUCAGUACAGAAAGUUCUUUGUAUAAUAGAGUACAUUCAGUGGUACUGAUACUUCUUGGUGUGAUAACUAUGUUAUACAGAUGUAAGUCACUGGUGAUCAAAUGAACGAUUGAGUAUCAUCAGUAUCUUUAGUUUUACAUCUCUGCCGCCUAUAGGUGUUUUCCUUGUACGCAGAAGUUGUUUAUAUUCUCAAGUCCUUCAUUGACUCCUGAUAUCUGAUUUACAAGAUUAAUUCUUUGUCGGUGUGGGGAAUAGUCUUACAUUGCUUAAUUCCUGGCACUACUCAUUGACAGUGAAGACCAUAAUUAAAACAAUAAACACAUUGAUGACAGGCAAAUAGUUCAGGUGGUAAAGACUUCAAAGUCACACUUGUGGGGUGCCAGCUGCUACCAAGGGGUAGAGGAGGAAUUUGUUGGUCAUCUUGAAGCAAGGUUAGACUGAGGGGUUAAUUAUGGGAAAGUCUUAUAUGAAAUACCUUGGAGUUGUACAUUUUAAAUCUUUGUUUUCACAUUACUAGUUGAGAAAUGAAUAGUAGUAUUUAUAUUUUUUCUCAAGUCUUGACUGGUGAUUGUGUUGCACCCUGCUAUUUACGGCAAUUUCUUUAACUUUGUGUGGUUAAAUAUUGAAUGAAUGUUGGUUGAUGGAAAAUGAAUGUUUUGUUAUGUAAAUAAAUAUAUAUUUACAAGUA